CCGCCCCCUCCAGAGCCAGGGACACCCUCUGGCCAGUUCCCCUCCCCUCUGCCAGCCCACAGCGCCUCCCUUCACCUGCGUUUUGCUUAUUUAAGGCCGAGGCAUCCUCUGGCACAUCGCGCCCCGGCCCGGCCAGCUCAGAGGCGGUGGGAGCCCCUGGCCAGACUCUGACCUCCUUCCGGGGCCCAGAGCUGCAGCUUCCAGAUCUGAUCUGGCUGAGGAGGAAGAGUUACUGGCCGCAGCAGCUAGGCCUGACCACUGGGUCCUAGUGUGAGUUGUGCCAGCUUGUCCUGGGGCGGCAUGCAGCCCCAGGAGAGCGGCGUCCACUACAGCAGGUGGGAUGACAGCAGUCGGGACGAGGUCAGCAUGGCUGCUGUCUCCAGCACGGAGGAGUCGUCCUGCAGGAGGAUCUUCCAGAAGCUCUGCACAGGCAAGCUGGGGGUCGCCAUGAAAGUGCUCGGCGGAAUUGCCCUUUUCUGGGUCAUCUUUAUCCUGGGCUAUGUCACCGGUUACUAUGUGCACAAGUGCAAAUAAAUUCUAAGUCACGUGCUC